AUGGCCACUUUUCAUCCAUUUCUUCGGCUCCCUCAGGAGCUUCGAGAGCAAAUCUGGACGGACACAGUCGAACCGCGCACUGUCGAUGUCCGGCGUUUUCGAGAGUGGUCUCAACGCUAUGGCCGGCUGGUAUCGUCUACGCCUAUACCAGCCAUACUACAGUCCUGCCGGGAAGCCCGUAACCUUGGACUUUAUAAGCGAGUCUUCUUCGAGGUUGCUGCAGAAGAAACAUACUCCACUAAAACUGAACAGCGCUAUGUUUGGAUGGAUCUCGAUACUGAUAUGAUGGAUAUCGGGGCUUCUAGGUUCGACCUUUACAAGAAUAUCGCACCAGCAGUCAAGCGUCUCAAAUUUGAGCGGGAGAACAGUGAUGAAUUUUUCUACCGUACUGAAGCACAGCAACUCAAGCAGUUUGUUAAUGUGGAAGAGAUUCACAUAGACUGCGCCGAUGGUUUCUGGAUGUGGGGUGGAGCUGUAUAUGACCACCCUUGGCCCUGCGCCAAAGAAAAGCUGCUGUUCAUUGACGCAUUCGAUGGUCGGGUUGCGCGUGGCUUGGAAUUGGAAACUAUAUGUAGAGAGAUCCUCAUGGCCAUGCGGAUAGAAGCUACUGGCGCGGCGUUUGAUACUGACGACGAGUAUUCGAGUUGA